AAACGUCAAAUACAGAAUGCUGACAGCUACCUACUAAUUUGUAAUACUGGCAAAACAAGUAGCGCUAAAGCGCUGUUGCUCACAAAAUAUUGUAGUCUCAAGAGCACUACUUGGCAUUACAACUUACCCAUUUCACAUUUUAGUUGUAUGUCAGCUAUCAGUACGUCGUGUGCUGACUGCAGUUGGCUACUAUCGGGAUUAAUACUUACACUUUUAACUCUUCAUUCGUUAAUGUUAUGAGUUAUAAUGUGUUAUUCUAGUUUUUGUCUAUCCAUUUGUGCUAUUUUUUAAAUCAAAAUGUGAUGAGUUUCUGAUUUAAAUCGCGCUUCUCCCCGGUGAAGAAAAGUCUUACGUUCGGCCUCCGCGGUUUCCAAGUUACAUAGAUCGUAGUCGUUUGUUUAGUUGUCACAUAAACUAGAACUAUGCAAAAAUGUGGAUUUUGUUCAAUGCUGUCUGGUUUUUUUAGACGUGCUAUGUGCGUUGGGAGCAGACGUGGAAGCAGUGAGUCGUACUAUCGUGAGCUUGGAGACCAAGACACUCUGAAAAUUGAUGAGCAGUCUGUACUCUCCGAUGAUUCCGAAGAAAUAGUACAUGUAACUCAACCGCGGAGGCAAAUACUGGAGUUGAAUGACUUAGAUAGCAUGGCGAAGCGCCUGGUCAGCACUGGCAAGUUCCUCACGAUGCACAAGCGCCGUAAGAAGCGUCUCCUCACCAGAUCACUAAGCCAGGAGACGGCACUGCUGGACGACCUGCUGCUAGGACAAGUGCAGUGUGUUCUGCAGCAGUCUGCGACGUGGAAGUUCAACGCUUUCACCCUGGAUAAUGUGUCUGGUGGCCGCUGCUUGCCGGUACUCUGCAUACACCUGUUUCACGUGUACGGGCUGAUUUCACAUUUCAAGCUGGACGUGGCUAAGGCCUGGAAGCUGUUCAGCAUGAUUGAAGACGGUUAUCACAGCUCCAAUCCGUACCACAACUCGAUACAUGCAGCUGAUGUGACGCAGGCGAUGCAUUGCUUCCUGCAACAACAGCGGAUCCGUGAGCACUUGGAACCAGCUGAGAUAAUGGCAUCUCUAUUGGCUGCUAUCGCUCAUGACAUGGAUCAUCCGGGCGUGAAUCAACCAUUCCUGAUUGCCACAUCCAAUCAUCUCGCUGCUCUUUACCAGAACACCUCGGUUCUGGAGAAUCAUCACUGGCGCUCAGCGAUUAGCUGUCUCAUCGAGAGUGGGCUGUUGGACCGUGACGUCCGAGUCAAGCUGGAAAGACAGAUCAGCUCUUUGAUCCUCGCCACAGACAUUACCCGACAGCAAGAGUACCUGAGCCAGUUUAAGACAUACAUGGACACAAAUACUCUGGACCUUCGGAACAGCGACCACCGUCACCUGGUGCUGCAAAUCGCGCUCAAAUGCGCUGAUAUAUCAAACCCUUGUCGUCCAUGGGAAAUCAGCAGGAAAUGGAGCCUCAAAGUUUGCGAGGAAUUCUUCCGACAAGGAGACUAUGAGCGCAAAUUAAAUCUACCUGUGACGGCGCUAUGUGAUCGCCAUACCACCUCCAUCCCGAAGAUUCAAACAGGUUUCUUCAAAUUUGUUGUCACGCCGCUAAUCACCGAAUGGCACAAAUUCUUGCACAAUGAUCUCUCUGCACAAAUGCUUGAGAAUUUGAUUUAUAAUCAAGGUAAAUGGGAAUCGUUGGUCGCCCAGGAGAUCGCUGAAGAGACACGCACUGAAAUCUCAGACGCUGACAUGGUUGAUGAUGAUCUGGAGACAUGUUCCGGCACCAACAUAUCAGACAGCUCAGAAUUGCUUCUGCCCCGUAGGAGUUCUCUAAACCCACCGAAGCCAAUUGGUCUGAGGGAGCAAUUGCGAAGAUUCUCAGUGCCACUCAAUAUAUUCCAAGACUCCCGUUUCAAGAAGAGCCGAACAGAAUCACUGGCUGAAGCACUAAGCAAAAGCAACUGCAGCGCUUUAGGUAGCGACCAGUCGUUGCACUCUCAGCUCAGUGUACGCGGCCAUUGUGACAACAAAGACUCAAAGGAAAAGGUUCUGAGCUCUGAAAAUCUUAUGCCAGACUCCUCUAUCGCGUCCAUAACCACGCCGUGUCAAGCCUCCCGGCUAAAGACCGUGUUGAAAGACGGCAAUGUUUGGAAGUUAGUUCGUCAACAAACCUUCCCUCCUAUGGAGGUCUCCGGCCAAGCUCAGGGCUUGCUCUGCCGACCAUACACAAGCUCAGAAGAUACCACUACACGCCAAGAUUACUUUGAGAAUAAAGAUUACAAGCUAAAAGAAGAAAAGGUCACUGUGGAGCAAUAUGAGGAAAAAGAGAAUAUAAACACAUCUAAUCGAGCCGGCAAUACAAACCGCUCGAAAUUCGGAAGUCAGCUGAGAGAGAAUCUAUCCACUGUUAACCUGAGCAUGUUCCCAAGUGGAGAAUUACUGGGAAGGAGGAAAUCUAUGCCCGCCGAUGAUCUUCAUGCUCCAAAAGAGAAACGCAUGCGUGAAGUUGUGGCAGCUAUUCCCGAGCUCCUUCGUCACAUGUACGGCAAUGACUUGGCCAAAGGACGUCGUGGUUCUGCCCCAGCGCCUGUUACAAUGUCCGAGCUGCCAGGACUAGUGGCUUUGGCUCGCAAUGGCUCGAAUGGGGGGCGUCGCAAACCCCCACCGGUCACUUGCCACCAAUGGAUGAACAGUAUGGAAACGCCGCACGUGACUCGACGUAGCUCUCUGCCCGUUGAGGAAUCUCAUCACGCUGAACCGUCGUCAUCAGAUAAUUCAGUUUAGACUUAUCUGCCAUUAAAAAAGAACGCAGAGUGCAGAUUGCAAUUAUGCGACAUCGAAAAAUAGAAAAAUCGUUUACUCUACUAGGGGCGAUAUAUUUAUUAAAUGUAUGUGUAAUUUGGGGAUAUUUUCCCAUAAUUUCAGUGUCUAGUAGAUGUUAAAGAUAUUUACAAAGUCAACGUUUAGCGUCUAAUUGUUUCGCUAUUGAACAAAUGUCGUCUAAUAUUAAACUUUAAAUCAUUUUUUUUUAGUUUAGCUCAAAUAGCGGUCUGGAACCUAAUGUCAUAGAACAUCUUGAGAAAUGACAAAUGAGUCUUAGUACAAAUUUUAUUUUCGAUUUAUUUUAAUAUAAUUUUAAGUCUGUAUUAACUCGACAAAUGUCACAAACCUGACGCUACAAUCUUUUUUUUACAAACACUUUAGAGUCGCAAAAGGUCAACUGUAUAUAUUUAGCUAUAAAAUAAUUUUUAAGUAUAAGAGUCUCAUUUUUCUUAAUAAAUUAGAGUUUAUAGUAUGAUUUUGAUUGAGAUGUGGUAUAAUAAUUAUGAUGAUAAAACAAUUGUAGAGAUCAUUAAACAAAAAAAAACAUUAGAGUAGCUAAAGCCUCAGAGAAAAAUUCAGUCGGGAUUCACUAUCGUAAUAUUAAACUUGGUAAUCACAUUAGAAGGCCUGGUCUCGUGACCAUUUCCGUACAAUUGCGAUAGUUAGAUAGUUGUCUAAGUCCUAUGUCUCUUCGUCACAGC